AUGGCGGACGACAAGAAGCAAGCCGCGUUCGAGACCCCAGAGACCGGCUCAAAGCACUCCGACGGCGAGGACGACACCGGCCUCGUCGCACCCAAGUCCGUCAGCUACGCCAAGCCCCGCCCAGACGGGAAGAUCGAGCUCAAGGAUGAAGAUGUCUGGGACAAGUUAGGAUACACCUGGUCGCCCUUCAAGAAGUGGGGCAUCCUCUGUGUGAUCUUUGCCGUCCAAGUAUCCAUGAACCUCAACGCAUCCCUCUACGCCAACGCCGUCGGGCGGCUGUCGGAGGAGUUCAACAUCUCCGAGCAGGCUGCUCGCGUCGGCCAGAUGAUCUUUCUCGUCGCAUACGCGUUUGGCUGCGAGCUGUGGGCGCCCUGGAGCGAGGAGCUCGGCCGCUGGCCCAUCCUCCAGGCCUCGUUACUACUCGUCAACAUCUGGCAGAUCCCGUGCGCACUCGCGCCCAAUUUCGGCACGAUCGUCGUAUGUCGAUUCCUUGGCGGUCUCUCCUCUGCAGGAGGAUCAGUCACCCUCGGAAUGGUCGCGGACAUGUGGGAACAGCACAACCAGCAGUAUGCGGUCGCGUUCAUCGUUCUCUCGUCCGUCGGUGGCUCUGCGGUCGGUCCCAUUAUCGGUGGUUUCAUCUCAACCUACUGCAACUGGCACUGGAACUUCUGGAUCCAACUCAUCUGUGGUGGUGUGGUUCAAUUCGCGCACUUCUGGGUUCCUGAGACGCGCUCGUCCGUCCUCGUGACCCGUGAAGCCAAGCGGAGACGGAAGGAGGGCGAGGUCAUGCUCUACAGCACGGCCGAAAUACACGGUAGCGAGCUCACGCCGCGCAACAUCAUCCUGACAUGGACGCGUCCCUUCGUCAUGUUCAUCCGCGAGCCCAUUGUGCUCUGGCUGUCGCUUCUCUCCGGAUUUAGUGACGCUCUCAUCUUCACGUUCCUCGAGUCCUACUCGCCGGUGUUCGACCAGUGGGGCUUCAACGACAUCACCAAGGGUUUGGCCUUCAUUCCUAUCAUGAUCGGCUACUUCCUUGCGUACUUCUCCUUCAUUCCCUUCAUCCGCAAGGACAUGAAGGCGCGCAAGAACGACCCUGAUGCCCUCGCUCCUGAGUCGCGGUUGUACUGGCUCUUGUGGACUGCUCCCCUCGAGCCCAUCGGUCUCUUCGGCUUCGCUUGGACGAGUUUGGGCCCGCCGCGCGUGCACUGGAUCGCCCCUCUCCUGUUCUCUUCGCUCAUCGGUAUCGCCAACUACGCGAUCUACAUGGCGACGAUCGACUACAUGGUAGCCGCCUACGGCCCCUACUCCGCCUCUGCGACGGGUGGCAACGGCUUCGCGCGUGACUUCCUCGCUGGCAUUGCCGCGAUGUACUCCGUGCCCAUGUACAAUAACAUCCCAGGCAAGCCGCUCGAGUACGCGACGACGAUCCUGGCGUGCAUUGGUGUUGUGGUCGUUAUCCCGAUUUAUGUCUUCUACUUCAACGGCCCAGCAAUCCGCGCACGGUCCAAGUUCGCGAUGACGCUGGAAAGCGAGCGGAAGGAGCACCAGCACCGCAUCACCACCGUCGGCGAAAAGGCGCGCGCCGACCACAUCGAGCGUGUCGAGGAGGGCACGGCCGGCGUCCCGACGAAGCGGGGCAAGAAGGGCAACGUCAUCGACGACGAGAAGGCCGUCUGA